ACAAAAACAAAGAGAAAGAAAAUCAUCCCCGCGAUUCACUUUUGCAUAAGACACGGUUUCUCUCUUCACUUUUCACUUUUCACUUUUACCGUAAAAGUUUUACGAUAAACAUUAAAUAAUGAAUAAUAAUUAGCAGCUAAGAAAAACAUGGGUAACAAUUUUACGCCUUUCCAGACCAUCUGACGCUUUAAAGUUUCACAAUGGCGUCCAACAAAUCACGUCGAGGGACGGGAAACUUAUUGCAAGAUUUACUUUCUUCCGUCGUCUGUUUGAAAAAAUGUGACAAAGAAAUAAUUUUUACAAAUUCAGUUAAAUCAGAAUUAAAAAUUAAAUUACAAUUUAUACACUGCUUCAUGUGUGGCGUGAAGCACCAGCGCCGCCCAUUAUCUGACGUAAAAUUUGAAAUUUUACGAGAAAUUAUGCUAAAAGAAAGUUUCCAAAAGUUUUCCACGAUUUCAAUUUGUCCCCCGUGUUCGAAAACGUUGGAUAAACUGGUCGAUUUGUGGAAGAAAGUUGAUGAGAUUUGUUCUUGCAUUCGAAGUGUGAUCAAAUUACGCCACAACUUAACGGACCGAGAAGAUACUAAUAUACAAAUUGUUCACGUUUUGUGACCCGAUUAAAUGAAACAAUUCUAACUUGAUGCAAUCUUAGUGAACGGUCUGCGUUUGUUCAUAAGAAUAAAAUAUAAAAUAAAUAGUUUCUAAAAUUCGACAAAGUGUGAAAAUGAGGCAAUAAUUGAUGGACAACUAAUCUUAAGUUUACUUAGCAUUUGUUUUAGAUUUCUGCAAUCUUUUAGAAUUAAGUAAUUAAUCCUUAUAAAUAGUAUUUAUUAAAUACACAUUUAUUACAUCACUUUUACCCAGCUUAACUCUGGUAUUUACAAUUUACAUAGAUAAAUAUGUAAAACCGUGAAAAUGUGUAUCACUUCACCUGCUACAUAAACAAAGAGAAAGGAAAUCUUCACCGCGAGUCACUUUUGCAUGCCGCACACGUAUUUACUUUCUCUUCUCAUCUGUUUAUUUAGAUAAACAAUAAUAAAAAAUGAUCAACAGCUAUCUGAAUUUUAAGAAUUAACAUGGUUCAAAGUUUUAUAUUUUUCGAAACCAUUUAAUCACAAUGGCGUUCAGCAAAUCGCGUCGGGGGACUGGGAACUUAUUGCAAGAUUUACUCUCUUCGGUCGUUCUUUUGAAAAAAUGUAAUGUACAAAUAAUUUCUACAAAUUCAAUUAAAUCCGAAUUAGAAAUUGAAUUACACGUUUUACACUGCUUCAUUUGUGGCGUGAAGCACCAGCGCCGUCCAUUAUCUAACGUAAAAGUUGAAAUUUUACAAGAAAUGGUGCUAAUAAAACAAAGUUUCCAUAAGUUUUCCGCGACCUCAAUUUGUCCCCUGUGUUCGACAACGUUGGAUAAACUGGUCGAUCUGAGAAAAAACGUUGACGAAAUUACUACCUGCAUUCGAAGUGUGAUUAAAUUACGCCACAACUUAACAAACCGUGAAGAUAUUGAAAUACAAAAUUCGAACUCAGAUGUACUUUAUAACGUUAAGCUCAAUGACGACGAUAAUGAUUAUUGGUCCGGAGCAAAAUGUGAUGACGGAGACGAUGAAAUUAUGGUACCGGAUUUCGAUAAUCAUGAAUCAGUUGUUUCAAAAUCUGUCACGUCGCCCACCUUGGAAAGUCUGACUUGUCCCGAGUGCAACGUAACGUUUAAGAAAUCUUGGCAGCUUAAUAGACACCAGAGAAAUCCAUGGUUGGACAGAUCGGAAGGAAAAAGAAAACGACCCAACUCCAAAGGAAGGCAAACCAGUCUGCAGGAUUUUGAAGAAUCCGACUCCCCUAACGUUUCCAUAAACGUUGAUAAUACAACUGCCAAUAAUGAAGACGUCAAAACAUGCAAAAACGAUAUAAGCGACUACGAUUUUGUGCCAAUCGACGAUCUGAUGUUCCCAGGUGUGGCCGAAUCGAUAGAGGCAAGCGAAGACGGCAAAGUUGACGAUCUUGAAGUCAAUUUUGACUGUGCUAGCGCCAUAAUAAAUAAUUCUGAGGGGAAUUUCAUCGUGGAUACGACACCAGAAUUACCGCAAGCCCUGACGCAAAUUGACAAUGAAGUUGCUGUUGACAUUGAAGAAUUUGUACAAUGCAAAACUGAGUCGGUAGAAUUGAUGAGCAUAAAUCAUCCUGCUCAAGAUGUCGUCCCACUUGUUAAGGAACCUUCAGAAAGGUUGCAAAUAGCUAAAGUCAAAAAUGAGGAUGGCAAAGAAGUCAAACUUUUUACAAACCUUGACGGCGUAGAUGACGUUGCCCCCAGUGAGUUAAUUAUUUCUGCGUCGGUGUCGCCCACCUUGGAAAAUUUGACCUGUCCCGAGUGCAACAUGACAUUUGACAAAUCGUGGAAGCUUAAUCGCCACCAGAAAAAUCCAUGGUUGGACAGACCAGAACAACACAAUCAAAAGCGCAGAGUCGAUUGAUCUCUAACGACCUGCAGAAUGAUACUGCUAAACGGCCAAGACUUUCAAGAACCCGGGCGGAGAAGUUAAUCAAAAAGAUCACGAACCGUGAAAAUCCAAAUAGCGAUGAUAAUGGCGACUUUGACCAUCUAGGCGAUUCCGACUUUCAUGAUUCCUCGGACAGCAGUAUUAGUGAUGAUGAUGAGGUCGAGUCUUCCUCAGAUGAUGAAUCAAUUCAUGAAGAAGACACUGAGGUAUGCAAGAAAUCCGGACGAUACCAAUGUGUCAAGUGCAACACGGCCUACGGAUCAAUGUACCAUCUUCGUCGUCACCUUACAACUUUCGCGCACACUGGGCGAAAUCCUCCUCCACCUGCAAGAACUGGAAUUCCAACCCAGGGUGAAAUAGCUUCUCUAAAAUGCACCGUUUGCGCCACAAAAUUUGAUGACGUGGAAACUUUAACCAAACAUAAAAACAAGCAUAAAAAAGAAUGUGAAAUUUGUGAUCUCAAGUUUCCACAAAAGUAUGGUCUACUUCGACAUUUCAAAUCUCGAAAACAUGAUGUCGCUUUAAGAUGCCGAAAAUUAAAUGAUGAUGGAGUGGUUACAUUCCGUUGCGAUAAAUGUGAUCAGGUCGAGUUUCCUGAUUCCCAUGGAAUAUUUCAGCACGUCCAUAGAAUUCAUAAUUCGUCUUUGGGUCCGAUCGAGGAAGAAAUCUCCACUUUACGAUGUACAAUUUGCUGCGAGAAUUUUGACGACCUUACAACCCUCGUAAAACACAAAGCUCUCCAUGGCAACAAAUGUGAAGUGUGCGAGUUACACUUUAAUAAUCUUGAUAAAUUUAAAGUCCAUCUCAAGGCUAAGCCACAUCAAUCCGCAAUUCGUGCCAGACGAGUGGAUUCUGAGGGCAACGUUACCUUCGUUUGUGAGCGAUGUCCUGUACAACAAUCCUUUCCUGACGUCUCGAAACUUAUCAAACACAAGGAAAAUUGUCAUCAGAAGCCAAGAAUUUUUCCCGAAGGAAGGUCGUGUAUGCCGUGUGACAAAGUUUUCACCUCGACGAGAUGUUAUAAUCUUCAUCUUCUCUCCACCCUGCACACUACCACCGUCGGAGGCGUAACAUUGGCACAAAUAUUGAUGCCAACCCAGGAUGAAAUGACUUCUCUAAAAUGCACCAUUUGCGCUAAACACUUUGAGAACGAGGCCACUCUGACCAAGCAUAAAUCCAAGCAUGGUAAAAAGUGUGAAAUUUGUGAUCUCAAAUUUUUAAAUGAAAUAGCCCUAGGUCAGCAUCUCGUAUCUCAAAAACAUUCCGUUGCUCUAAGAUGUCGAAGAUUAAAUGAGGACGGCGUCAUUACAUUUUCCUGUGAUAAAUGUGAUCAUGUCGAGUUUCCCGAUUUACGUGCAAUAUUUCAACACGUGAAGAAAAGUCAUAAAUCUCAACUUAGUCGCGCAGAAGUGAAUUUUGAUGAGACCGAGCUAUGCACGGAAUCGGGAAGAUAUAAAUGUCUCAAGUGCAAGACAACCUACGGCUCUAAAUGUCAUCUGAGACGUCACCUUACAACGAAUUUCGUACACACUGGGGGAAAUCCUCCUAAUAAGCUAUCCGGGCGUUUACCUCCAUCCCAGAAUGAAAUAAAAACUUUGAAAUGUACCAUUUGCGCCGCGACAUUCGACGACCUCCCAACCCUCGUAAAACGCAAAACUCUGCAUGGCCUAGAAUGUGAAGUGUGCAGCGUAACCUUUCGUCGACACAAAACCCUUAAUCGACAUCGGCAGAGUAAGAGCCAUCAGUUCGCACUUCUAGCCAGACGUGUGGAUUCUGAAGGGAAAGUUAGCUUCGUCUGUGGCCGAUGUCCUGAAGGGCAACCAUUUCCUAAUUACCCGAAACUUGACGACCACAGGAAAGAAAAUCAUCCUGGACAAAACAUUUUUAGCCACGUAAGCACCUCACUCGGAGAGACGGAAGGAAUGUCCCUGGACUUCGCGUGCACCCUUUGCGACAAAAAAUACGCUGCAAACUUCCAGCUUACCGCACAUCUCGCCUCUGCGCAUAUCGAUGCCUUCGUUUGUGAAAUAUGUGGGGUGCGGUUUCACAGUUUGUCUGGGUUUAUGUCUCAUCAGAAAACGCAUGUUGAGUCGCAGAAGUUAAGCAAUCGACGCAUUCCUCCAGAGGACAAAUCUUACCCGUGUAAAUUUUGCGACAAACGGUUCGCCCAAGUAGGUGGAAGGGCGAAGCACGUCAACUCUGUCCAUAAAGGAAGACGCUACAAAUGUGACGUGUGUAAAAAUACGUUUGCUACUGCACAGUCGUUAAAACAUCACAAGAAAUAUGUCCAUAACUUUGAAAAUGAGGAACAACAAACUACCAAAGUACACAGGAAGCAGCCGAAAUCUAAAACCUUGAAGUGCGACGUUUGCUCGAAAAAGUUUGCCCACCAUGUCAAUCUCUCGCAUAUUGAAUUAGCUCAUUUUCAGGAUAAAAGUAAAUGCCCGUACGAAUGUUCUAAUCUGGAAUUUGAGACUGAAAACGAGUGGAUUCAACAUUUGGAAGGAUGCACUUCGGAAAAAAUUACGGAAGCUUCCCGAUGUUCCUGCUACUAUUGUGGCGCCUUGUUUCGACACAGAUUCCUCCUAUUUUCCCACCACCUCCAAGCCCACAAAACCUUUCCUUGUGAAAUAUGCUCCAAAGUAUUCACAAAACAACAAUCACUUACCAUACACACACAUUCGCAUCAAGAAGCCAGGCCACAUCUUUGUCCAAAGUGUGGGAAACGAUUUCGACAAGCUUGGAAUCUAAAGCUUCAUGUAACUCUGAUUUGCGGGGAUGACGAAGAAGCCAGGAAAAAACUUAUGGAAAAAAGGAAAACACAGUAUAAAUCGUUCAGAGCAAAGAAGAUGAAUUUCAAGUGUGACGAGUGUUCGUAGGGAUUCGUAUCGGAGAAAAGGUUGGAAUUGCACAAGAAGAAAGUUCAUGAUGAAGAUAUGUCGGGAACGGAGGAUAGUAGUGACACCGAUUCUUAAGAAACUGGACUUCUUCUCGCCGACCUUAUUAUAAUUAUGCUGAUAAAUCAUAAGCAAAAUAUCUCCAUUCGCAAAUAGCGAAACAUGUACAUAUGCGUGCAUCUAGAUUACCUAUACACGGCAAAAACGCCCGUCGGUAUUUCAGUACAGUCGUAUCAAAAAUCGCAUUGCGAGCCAUCCGUACUUAAAUUUAAAUACAUUCCCACUUGCACGGAGUGUGAUUGUACUUCGGUUAAGUACGGAUGGCUCGCAAUACGAUUUUUGAUACGUCCGUACUGAAAUACGGACGGGCAUUUUUUGGAGUGUACACAAAAUCAUACAUACCUAUACAUAUGUACAAUUACUAACUGAAUAAAUUCUACACGUUUUGUGACUCGAUUAAGUGAAACAUUUCUAACUA